AUGCGGCCAUCAAUGCGCCUCCCUCUGCGGGAGGUAAACUUCAUUUGCUCCAGCUGCAGAAUUGAAGCCACUCCCCGUAUCUCACCAUUCGGUCAAUUCCGCCGUUAUGCCUCCGACUCCCCCGGAAUCCUCGAGCGCACUCGGCGCAGCCUUUGGGGCACAGAUAAGCCCCCAGGCCCGGCAGAUCCGUACUCUGGAAGCCAGAUUAUGCCCGAUCCCAAUGCCGCUCCCGAAGAGUCGAACCCAGACGAACAGUUCAGCCUUUCCCAGGGUACUGAGGGCAAGGUUGAAGAUAUUGAGAACCUGAACUGGGAGGAAAUGCCCAGACUCGGCUACCUGAUGGAGCAUGAAUGGCGCUACAAGGGCGAGAACCCUGAGGCUGAUACCGUCAAGGCAUGGUACGCCAACGAAAAUCCUCUUACAACCAGGGAGGCAGCCCACCAGGCCGCUGUGGAGAUUGCUUUGAAGCAGAUUGUCGGGGUACAAGUCACCAACUCAACUAUUAAAGAGCACGAUCCAGAGAUUCUUGCCCAGAUCAAGUCCUGCAAGAUCGAAGGCCAGGCUGAGCAAUGGGGCGAUCGUCUCCGCUUCCCCGACACCACAACCAUGGAAAAUCUUUUGCGCCAUGUAGCAAACGACAGUUCCAAAAAGGUCGAUUCCAACCAAAUCCUAGAGCAAUUGAAGAGCUCUGGCAAGCUGGAGAACCGCCUGUACGACGCGAAUGCCACCGAGCCGAUUAGCGAGAGCCUCAGGUCGUUGCCGCUUGAUAAUGGAAACGUCAAGCUUGCUUUCUUCACCCACUUCUCUCAACUGACUGCCCGCCACAUUUCCAACUCCGUCGUUACCGCCUCUGCUACUGUCGGAAAGGUCUUCACCGCACAGGAAGCCCUUCGCAAAAAGACAAAGAGACUGACCCCUGUGCUUCUCCAUGAGUUGAUGGACAAGAACGGCACCGCUGCAUUGCCUAAUGUUAAGAUCUCUGAUGUCCGCCAGACUCGCCACCACAACGAUGAGGAUCUUGGCCGUAAGAAGGCCAUUGUGACUGCUCUCUUCGAGAACGGUCUCAUUACCAAGAGUCUGGGCCAGAAGCGGGCGCGGCGCUGGGAUGAGGCCGAGUCUGCGGCUGCCUAG